CACUUUCCAAAAGUGUAUCACUUUAACAGCAGGAAUAACUUUGUCUUGGACUGUCUAGUUGGAUAUCUCUUAUUAUGGGGCACAUUAUGCUUCAAUGGGCUUUGUUAUUUACCGUUCUCCUAUUGCCCUCUUUUGGGAGGAUGACAGUUUCGGAAAAGGAUGUUACAUUAGAUGGGACACUCAAUAGUACAGAGGAAUCACUUAAAAUGUAUAAAAACUCUUCCUCCGGGGAAGUGAAUGACGAAUUUUAUGGUGGUAACACUGAUGAUCAGUAUGAUCAGGGGGAUGGCCCUAUAGAAGCCCUUCUGACUGCAAUGAAGGUGUUGGACUUGCACGUGGGAAACAGGUUGUGUAGUUUGCAGAGAGGGUAUGGGAAAUUGUUAAGAGCUAAUGGACGGAUAGAGGACUAUCUAAAAAAGGGCAGGGGUGCCCUAAGGCGAUGUAUCUCUGGCAACGCCGGGCAAGAGAAAGGCCACAGAAGA